AUUGAAUAUAUUUUAAAAAAUGUCUAAACUUAUUUUUUAUGAUUUAAUGCAGAUAUUCAAAAGUAGUGUAUCAGCUGUUCUACCUGAAAAUCUUAUCAAAAAGUCUCUCAAUUAUUGUCCUAUUACACAAAAGUUAUCAAUAGGUUGUGAAAAUUAUAACCUAGAAAAUAAAAAUGUUUAUGUCAUUGGUGCAGGAAAGGCUGUACAAAACAUGGCCAUUGAAGUGGAAAAUAUAUUAAAUUCUAAAAUUAAACAAGGUAUUAUAAGUAUUCCAGUAGGAAGCUUAAAAACUAAGCAAUCAGAAAAUAAUGACAUACAAUAUCUUGAAGGAGCUAAAGAUAAUUUGCCUGAUGAAAAGGCUAUAAUAACAACCAGAAAAAUAAAAGAUUUAGUUUCAAAAUUAACCCAUGAUGAUUUUUUAUUAGUUUUGAUAUCAGGUGGUGGAUCGGCACUAUUAUCGCUACCUAAGGAGCCAAUUACUUUGCAAGAAAAAACUACAUUAAUAAAGAAGUUGGCAAACUCCGGUGCUGAUAUAAAAGAACUUAACACAGUAAGGAAAUGGAUCUCUGAUAUAAAAGGAGGCCAAUUAGCCAUGCAUGCUCAACCUGCACAAAUUGUGACCUUAAUACUAUCUGAUGUUGUUGGUGACCCUAUAGAUAUGAUAGCAAGUGGCCCUACUGUUCUUCAUGAUGAUAACCCCAUGGACGCAAUUAAUAUAAUAAAGAAUUUCAAAUUAUACAAUGAUAUUCCCCUAUCAAUUAAAACACUUUUAGAAGAAAAAAAUCAUACAAAAACAUUUCCAAAUGACAAAGUUAAAAAUAUUAUUUUAGGGUCAAACAAAUUGAGUAUAAGAGCAGCUACAUCAAAGGCUUAUGAAUUAAAUUAUUUACCUAUUGAACUAUCUAAUAUUGUUACUGGUAAUGUAGGGGAUUUAGUUCAAGAAUAUGUGAACUUGGUCAAAAUAUUUUGUGAUUUUAGAAAUGGAAAUGAUAACAUCAACAACUUGCAGAGUCAAUUGAAAGCCUUAAACAUACCAGGCUUCAAUUUGAAUUUUGCUGAAAACACUAAUGAAGUAAGUUCAAUUAGGACAAAAGAUUUAUGUUUAAUACUUGGAGGGGAAACAACGGUCAAGGUUAACGGGUCAGGUUUGGGUGGUAGGAAUCAACAGUUAGCUUUGGAAUUUUCGAAAGCUUUGAGCUCUUCAAGUAAUGAAUUAAAGGGUCACGAAAUAUAUUUUCUAAGUGCCGGAACUGAUGGUAUUGAUGGACCUACCGAUGCUGCAGGUGCUAUUGGACAUUUAAAUCUGAUUUCUCAAUGUAAGGAAGCUAAUAUUGAUGUUGAUAUGUAUAUAAAUAAUAAUGAUUCCUACAUUUUUUAUACAAAAUUUAAUAGUGGUGAACUACAUGUAGUUAUAGGGCAUACAAACACUAAUGUGAUGGAUAUACACUUAAUCAUAAUAAAAAAAAGUAUGUAAAUCAACAUAAUUUAAUAGACUACAAUUACAUACACAUAUUUUUAUAAUGACGGUUUAAGAAAGAGAUUAAGUUUAUUCUCUUUCUCUUUUUCUUGUUUUAAUUUUGUAGCUGCAAUUACUGCUGUUUGACAGAGGCCAGCAAAUUUGUCCUUUUUUUU